CGAGCACAGGCGCAGUCGCAAGGCUCUACUCGCUGCUUCUACCUCUAGCCCAUGUCCCGCGACUCUCGGUGAGCCAAUUGGCUCUGCGACGAACCUUGCGACAAACCACACACCAUUUACUUGUCGAAACUCGCCCAUCAUGAGGGCGACGCAAACUCUCCUCUCGAGGAACUUCUUCGGGCGAAGCAUGGACGAGCUCAGGCGACGAACACAGAUCGCCGUCUCCUUCGAGGCCGUCAAGGGCGCCACGAAACCCAAGCCCCUCUACGACUUCAACACCUCCAACAACGUCCGCGACUGCAUCGUCAUGACCGACAAGACCAUCGGCGGCUUCUCCGACAGCAACUUUGAACACGCAACAUCCACCGACCCGAAAUCCCCCUCCUCCUACGCCCGCUUCUACGGCUCCAUCUCUACACGCCUCCCCGCCGACAAGCCCAACAUCCAGCGCACCGGAUUCGCCGGCUUCCGAACUCCCGAUCAGCGACCUACGGUGUUUGGUCGAUCGAUGUGGGAUAUCGAUCCCUUCCUGUACCUUGCGCUGCGAGUCAAGUCAGAUGGUCGCAGUUACUUUGUCAAUCUACAAACCGAGAGUGUGGAACCCUCAGAUCUGCACCAGCACAGACUGUUCGCCAAGCGGCCAGGACAAUGGGAAACGGUGCUCAUCAAGUGGAACGACUUUGUACGAACGAAUCACGGUUUCGUUGUUGAGCCUCAGACUGAGAUGCUGAGGCAAAAGGUUCUGAGUGUGGGUGUCGGACUGACGGAUCGUGUAGAGGGACCGUUUGAGCUUUGCAUUGAGAGAGUAUGGGCUACGAACGAUGUGUCAGAGGCCGAUUCAGGAGCACCAACCGUUGAGGCCAAGGCAGAGGAGACGCCAGCAAAGGGGACGCCAGCAGAGGGUGGGUUGAGGAACAGAAAGGGUGAAAAAGUACGAUGGUAGACAUCAGGAGGUGGAACAAGCGUUGCGUGGAACAACCACGAUUGAUGAGGAACGAGGCAUUGCACGUGUAUCAUAAAUCUCAUGCUCUUGAAGAAGAGUACCCCUGAGGGCUGGUUCAUAUCUCACUCGUCCUUGUACGAAUAAAAUGUUUAAUC